CGAUCCUUGCUCAUGCGUGAGUCGCGCAUUCUACAUUGGGGUUCGACUCAUAGGGUUGCCCGCCAAACGGUAGGGGUAAGUUGGCCACGGAUCACGACUCACUUGUCUGCCGGUUCAGUCGCCUACUUGACUUCAGGACUGCCGACAGAAAACGCUGCCAAGGCCUCCCACGACACAUGCUCUCUCUCGUCCUUUCCGCGAGUCAAAACAAGUAAACAACUGAGGAGAACGCCGGCCUGCUCCGUUUCUUCAGUUCGUGAACACGUGCUCCGAGUGACAGUUGCAGACGCUAUCGCUGGUUCGAAUUGUUGUGGUGAUUGUUGCUAAUUACUGGCAAUUUAGUUCGUCGAUUGAUAAACAGUUUGAUUGAGGAGAUAGCUCCAGUAAGGUUUUCGAAAAGGUCCAGCUUGACUGUUCAAAACGGCUAUCAACCAAGAAGAGUUCUAUUUUAGGCUAAACCAUUCUGACGAAUCAGGAUGCGAGGCUGAUAUGGCAGAAGGAAGCGUGGAGGAAGACACAGGCGAAAUGUUAGGCCCCACUUUGGCUCCUGUCAUCCAUACCAUGCACACUCCAGUCCCAUCUAAUUUGAGCAGUAAAGAUGAGGAAAGUGACUGUGAAAGCAGCGUAGGUUCUCCUGAGCCAGCAUCUUUAGCCAUGGGCGCUGAUACUGGUACUGAUCUUAGCAUGACAACCAGAAACGUCCAUCAGCGGUUAGAAGCAGCGAAUGCAACUGAACAGACCGUGUCUCCUAAUAGUUCUGCUACUGCUCAUAUCAAUGGAACUAUGGCUGGACUAGUCUCGCUGCAGAAUCUCCAGAACUUGGCAUCGCUACAGAAUCUUCCACAGGUGGCCUCUUUAGCCGCAGGCCUUUCAAAUAUGGCGAAUCUGUCUGGGAAUCCCGUAGUUAAUGCACCUCUGAAUCUCAGCGUCAGUGCAUCAGCGACGAUACCACGUAGUAAUCAACUGAGCAACAUGCAAGAAUCGCCUGGCAUCAUGACGAAUCCCAUGAACUCUCAACCUCCCACCCCCAAUGCUAUGCAACCUUCCAACCCCCUUCUCACACCUCAGCAACCAGCCACGAUGCCACAGUUCAUCUUGGCUUCCGGUCAUCUAGUACAGGGCAUUCAAGGAGCGCAACUGCUCAUACCAACAUCACAAGGUUUGGCAACCCAAACGAUUCUGACAAUCCCAGUAAACCACGUGAACAGCACCGAUCAGAUGGUCAAUUUGGCGCUAAAUAAUGGUCAAGUAAUGCAAACCUCACUGGCGAAUCUACAAGCUAUGGCUCAAACCAAUUUAUUGAAUACAUCAAAUACACCUGUACCUCCAACGUCGAACGGCCACCUCAUGAACCCAGCGACACUAACCCACCUACUAUCCAAUGGAUCAGCAGCCCAACAACUACUGCAAACCCUCCCCCAAAUGCUCAACAACCACCACUCGAACCCCAACCCCCCACCAAUCAUGAACCCCCUAUCCCAACCCCUACUAUCCACCACCCCCACUUCUCAACCGGGCAGCCAGCUCAGGAGCCAGAGGGGUCCGAGUCCGAUGAGCAACAGCCCAAUCAGCGCUGGUCACAUGACCGCAGGACCUCUGAAUCCCAGCCAGAUGAACAGCAGUCACUACGCGGACAGCAAGCUGCAUAAUCCUAGCAUGCCGAUCAACGCUCCAGCUGAUUUGAUGAAUGGAGGCAGGAUAGCGAGUAAUGGAGAAAUACAUGUUGCCACCUCCCACGGGAAUAGCGCUAGUAUCAUGAAGAGGUCGCCCAGUUCCCUCUCGCCGAAUUGUACUGACAGUUCGACAGCUGAUCUUCUAGUGGAUUCGCCAAAUCAACCAACCAUCAACCAAACCAACUCGAAUGUAGUAGAUGGUAUCAACUUGGACGAGAUCAAAGAUUUUGCCAAAGCCUUCAAGCUGAGGAGACUAUCGUUAGGUCUGACGCAGACUCAAGUGGGACAAGCACUCAGUGUUACAGAAGGGCCUGCUUACAGUCAAAGUGCCAUUUGCAGUGCCCUGGCUUCUCAGAUGUUUGCCGCAGCGCAACUUUCUACACAGCAGCAAGCAAUGUUCGAAAAACUCGACAUAACGCCAAAGAGUGCGCAGAAAAUCAAGCCAGUUCUGGAGAGGUGGAUGAAAGAAGCUGAAGAUAGUCUUUCCAGGUAUAAAAGUGGCCAGAAUCAUCUGACAGACUUCAUAGGAAUGGAACCUUCCAAGAAAAGAAAACGAAGAACAUCCUUCACUCCACAGGCUUUGGAGUUACUCAAUGCCCAUUUUGAGAGGAACACACAUCCUUCAGGUACUGAAAUUACUGGUCUAGCUCAUCAACUAGGAUACGAAAGAGAAGUGAUACGAAUUUGGUUCUGUAAUAAAAGACAAGCAUUGAAAAACACUGUGCGGAUGAUGUCGAAAGGAAUGGUUUAAAUGUAUGCCCUUCGAUUAAUUUAUUUUAGCAAUUAAUGAUUGUAAAUAAUAAACAAAUAAAAAUAAUGAAGACAAUUUGGAAAUCAAAUGAAAAUAAUUGAAUCACUGGCCGGAAGAGUGUAAGGAAUAUUCAUAUUUCUUAAACUCUGCUGAUAUAUAGCACGUUUGAAGUAGGCAUCAGGUUGAUAUAGAGGUUUCAAAUUGAUACAACUUCUUUAUGAAGCAAAUUUGAAAUCAUGAUUGUAAAGAAUUCAAUUUUCCAUCAAAAUUUGCCAAUAUAUUUUGAAUUGAGAGUAAUCAUAGACUCAUCAUCUCAAAGGGACAUAAUUUUCGGUUAUGCCAAAGGUGCAACAAACUAGACGAUUUACAUUCACGCUAUGACUGCUAUGACUUGUUCUAAUCAAAAUAAAAUUGAACCUCUAAAUACGCGGCCUACUUUGUUCUCCUCAUGAAUUAUGAUAAGAGAACAAAAAAUAUUUUCGACUGAACAAUUCGAAUUUGAUUUUGAUUUGAAUACUGCAGUGAAUUAGAGAAUAUAUGCCUAUAUACCUACUUAUAAAUGAUCCACAGUUGUUUCAAUAUUUUCUCAACUUAAAUCUCCUUUAGCAACAAAGAUGAAGAGGAAACUUAAGCAAACUCGAAGUAUUCCCUAUAUCCUUGUAGAGAAAUUUAUCUUUCCAAGACCGAAUUUGUAUACGCUCCAUUGUUUGAAAUGUACAUAUAGGUUUAUCUAAAAAAUUGUACAGGAAUAUAAAUUUAUCUGAUGCGUUCUUGUAUACGAAAGGCUACAUCUGAUGAUGUCUUCACCUGUGACACUAGGAAAUAGAAAAUGUUCAUUCGAAAUAAAACUGGAUGUUUUAAUUUAGAUGCCAUGUAGAUUGUUUGUGCAUUCGUUCCCUGAUCUCAAGUCGAUUACCUAAUUUGAAGUGAAUCACACUGAACAUGUCAAAAAAUUUUAAACUUAGGAACCCAGUCAUCUCCUCAACUUUCAUUUGACAGAGACUUCUUUCAAAGAUUUUUAUCUAAUUUCAACUUCUAAUAAACACAGUCAGUAUUCAUGAAAAUAUUUGUUAUGAAAUCCAAUGGAAAUGUAUGUGAUUUUCCUCCUUAGCAAGUUGCAUUCAAGUCUAAAAUCUCUAGUGAUCAAAUCAUAUAUCGAAAAACUGUGGAUCAGAAUGACAUUGUUUUAGCAUUCACUUCAAAUAUAGUAGGUACCUUCAUAUUCAUGUAAAUUUGUAUAUAGUCCAAUGAGGAGAUUUUUGCUAAUCUCUGAAGAAACCAAAGUUCCUAUUAGAAUUAAGAUCUGUAAAUAUUUUACAAAGUGUAAUGAGUAUGAGUAGUUUAUGUAAGAAAUGAGUCAUGUUGUGUCCAUAGAUAUUAAAUAUAAGUAUACCGUGGAAUAUUAUAAUAACAAACAACUUGUAAGAUAUGAUAUGCGUAUUGUAUGUGGAUGAUACUUGUUCGUAAUUGUAGGUAUGAAAAUAAAAGAUUCACUCUUUC